UACCGAAAUAUAAAAAAUAAGAAUAGGUUGUCAGCAUACCGUGUUUUCAGCUUUUAUCAGCUUACCGAAAUAUCCCUCUUAAGUUGCUUGCUACACAAUAGAACGGUAUUUUUUCUGGGAUGUCAUAGCCUAGUGGAUGGUAGAAUCCAGACGAAUAAUAUGGGAAAACAUUACCCUUUAAUAGCGGUUCAACCCAGACUGCAAAGUCAGGAAGCUUUCAGCGAGUCGAGAAUGUCUGGAUUUCUGUUCUCAUUUUGUUUGAAAUCACCAGAUUUAUACAAAACUUUGGGUAAAUUUAAACCUGGGAAUCCGGUUAAAAGUCUGAGGACUACGGCAUGGAGAUUGUUCAGUGGUGUGACCAAGCUGCAUUUUGACAGAAUAAGUGCGAACAUCAUCAACUAUGGCAUUCGCUUCAUUCAGUCUGGGACCUUCUGUCGUGAUUUCUUCUUGCGGCUGAUCGAUGGCGUGACUACUUCGCAG